AUGAAUGGCAUUGCUUUUCUCUGGCUUUGGGUUGCGGGAGUGACGGCCAGCUACUUCAAUCCCAUCCUUCCAGGCUUCCAUCCGGAUCCAAGCUGUACUUAUGUUGAGAGCACAUUCUUUUGCGUGACGUCAACUUUCACCUGGUUUCCCGGUGUUCCCGUCUACGCCAGCAAGGAUCUCCGCCGCUGGGAGCUCGUAAGCAGCGUGCUUAAUCGGCGAGAACAACUACCACAAUUUGCGGACGCCCCAACUGGACAAGACGGUCUUUUCGCAUCAACGAUUCGCUACCAUAAUGGCACAUUCUAUGUCACGACCACCUACGUCUCUAUCGCUUCCUACGAGAACUUCGUCAUGGAAAACCUAAUCUUCUCAACCAACGACCCAUACAACGCGUCCUCGUGGGGCAUUCCGACCAAAGUUGACUUCAUCGGUUACGAUCCAUCGUUACUGUUCGAUGACGACUGA